GUUCAAAGGUCACCGCACAGCUAUAACAACAUCCCGGAGUGUCCAUGCUCAAACCUCAGUCUUUUCUCCAGUUUCUUUAAGUGGACUAACCCGCAGCUGUUGGCCCUUCACAAACACUGCUUCGCCGUGGAACCUGUGAGGUACAACCGACUGACUGACACGCGGUGCCACCGAAUCUAGGAACGUGCACAGGAUGGCCGGAGUGUUUGAUAUAGAUCUGGAGACCGAGGACAUCAGUGACACAGAGGAUGAUGUGUGUGACUUCACUCUGACAGAACCUGAACAUGUUCAGACAGAGGAGGUGGAGCUGACCAGUGAAAGUGUCAACAGAGACAGCGAGAGAGUCGGCCCUGACUGCUUCGAACUGCUCACCGUGUUGGGAAAAGGAGCAUAUGGAAAGGUUUUCCAGGUGAGGAAGGUUCAAGGUGCCCAGAUGGGAAAAAUAUUUGCCAUGAAGGUGCUGAAAAAGGCCAAGAUUGUGUGCAACGCCAAAGACACGGCUCAUACUCGGGCGGAGCGGGAGAUCCUGGAGACGGUGAGGCAUCCAUUCAUCGUGGACCUACUGUAUGCCUUCCAGACCGGAGGGAAACUCUACCUCAUACUGGAGUGUUUAAGUGGAGGUGAACUGUUCAUGCAGCUGGAGAAGGAAGGCAUCUUCAUGGAGGACACGGCCUGUUUCUAUCUCGGAGAGAUCACAUUGGCUCUGGGUCACCUCCACUCCAACGGGAUCAUCUACCGUGACCUCAAACCUGAAAACAUCAUGCUCAAUCACCAAGGACACAUCAAACUGACCGACUUUGGUCUGUGUAAGGAAUCCAUCCAUGAUGGCACCGUCACACACACCUUCUGUGGAACCAUAGAAUACAUGGCUCCAGAGAUCCUGACCCGGUCGGGUCAUAACAGAGCAGUGGACUGGUGGAGUCUGGGGGCCCUGAUGUACGACAUGAUGACUGGAUCGCCUCCGUUCACUGCUGAAAACAGAAAGAAGACCAUCGAUAAAAUCCUCAAGUGUAAACUGAACCUGCCCCCGUACCUGACCAUCGAUGCCCGGGAUCUCAUCAAAAAGCUCUUAAAGAAGAAUCCAGCCCAGAGACUUGGCUCUGGUAAAGCAGACUGUGCUGACAUCCAGAAACAUCCGUUCUUCAGACACAUCAACUGGGAGGAGCUACUAAACAGGAGGGUGGAGCCACCAUACAAGCCACAGCUGCAUUCAGAUGAGGAUGUGAGUCAGUUCGACACCAGGUUCACCAGACAGACUCCAGUGGACAGUCCGGACGACUCCACGCUCAGCCACAGCGCAGAGCUCGCCUUCGCCGGCUUCACCUACGUGGCACCGUCGGUGUUGGAGAGUCUGAAGGAAGGCUUUUCAUUUGAACCUCGAACACGACCCGUACGCCGACACAACAGCAGCCCACGCACACCCAUCAGUCCUCCAAAGUUUUCCGCAGCUGGUCCCUUCAAAUCGAGCGUUGAAGGGGAAGCGGAUGUUUUUCCUCCGACGUCUCCGCCUGCAGCGGCAGCGGCGGUGCCUUCGGCACUGCUGGAAAACGGAAGCAUUAGUCAACCAAUCAGAACGCCGGCCAGAAACAAGAAGCAGAAGGGACACCGGAGAUGAGACGGUCGGUCAGAGGGACGCUUCCGUUCAACGUCAGGGACAUGUUGUGUUUUUUCUGCUCUUCAUAAAUGGUCACUGAAAUGUCAAAUCUAAAGUUGAA